GCAGGAUCGCACCUGUUGCAGUCCAUAACUAUAAACAUCCGGUGUUACUAGGCGAUGUUUCUUUUCCACCGGUCAGAGCCAUCAUGGGACGAGUCAGGACCAAAACGGUCAAGAAGGCCGCCAGAGUCAUCAUUGAGAAGUACUACACACGACUAGGCAACGACUUCCACACCAAUAAGAGGGUGUGUGAGGAGAUCGCCAUCAUCCCCAGCAAGCCUCUGCGCAACAAAGUUGCAGGAUAUGUAACGCAUCUGAUGAAGCGCAUCCAGCACGGUCCAAUAAGAGGAAUCUCCAUCAAGCUGCAGGAGGAGGAGCGGGAGAGGAGGGACAACUAUGUCCCUGAGAUUUCAGCUCUGGACCAGGAGAUUAUCGAAGUGGAUCCAGAUACUAAAGAAAUGCUCAAGAUGCUGGAUUUCAGUGGCCUCUCCAAGCUUCAGGUCACUCAGCCACCAGUUGGAAUGAACUUCAAAACACGACUGUAAAAAUCAUGCCAUCUGAAUAAAGAUGUAAUUAUUAAAAA